AUGGAGAGAAGGCCCAUAUCUGAGCUGCAGAGAAGCAGCCAAAUCGGAGAAGCAUACGCCGGAGGAGCACCCUGCCCACCUAGCACACGUCGGAGAAGUAGCCUUUUGGCCGCAUCUGAGAAACAUCCGCCAGAGGAGCACCCUGUCCACACAGCACACGUCGGAGAAGUAGCCUCUUUGGCCGCAUCUGAGAAGCAUUCGCCAGAGGAGCACCCUGCCGCAGAGCACACGCCAGAGGAGCACCCUGUCCACACAGCACACGUCGGAGAAGUAGCCUCUUUGGCCUCAUCUGAGAAACAUCCGCCAGAGGAGCACCCUGCCCACACAGCACACGUGGGAGAAGUAGCCUCUUUGGCCGCAUCUGAGAAGCAUUCGCCAGAGGAGCACCCUGCCGCAGAGCACACGCCAGAGGAGCACCCUGUCCACACAGCACACGUCGGAGAAGUAGCCUCUUUGGCCGCAUCUGAGAAGCAUUCGCCAGAGGAGCACCCUGCCGCAGAGCACACGCCAGAGGAGCACCCUGUCCACACAGCACACGUCGGAGAAGUAGCCUCUUUGGCCGCAUCUGAGAAGCAUCCGCCAGAGGAGCGCCCUGUCGAGGAGCGCGCACCGGAGUAG